GCCAGUAAGAGGACGUGCUUCCCGCUUUCUAUCCCCCCCUACCUGUUAGGAUACUCCACCACGGUAGCCAUAUUGCUCACCUUGUUCAGUUGUAGCCAAACAUCAAAGCUCGAGUAGCGGAAGCCCCUAGGCUUUAGCUCAAUGUCUCAUACAUUCCUCGGCACCUCCUGAUCAUGUUUGCUUCCCUCCCGAGACAUGAUCAAAGCGGAGACCGUCGACCCGUCAUAGUCCCACGCUGUCUCGCGCGCACGCGGCCGUACCCACCUUGCCCCGUGCUGCCAUGCCACAGCAUCACAACCCACGGGGUGUUGCUCUAUCACCUCCAACCAAGCACCUACCUCUCAACCCCAGAGACCAUAUCCCGAGACGGCCGUGUAACCAUAUCCCCAAAGCAGCACCCUCACCCUACCACCCCCCACCGAGUCCGCAAACAAACACCACCUUCCCCCGAACCAACCGAACCCGCCGCGCCGGGCCCCGGACCACCGUCCGACGAGGCAAGCAAUCCCCGUCCCCGGCUCCGGCCCGCUUAAGACCCCCCCGCAUCUACCGAACGAACCAGCCCGUGCACCAUGGCCCCCUCCCGUCUUACGCCCGAGAACCCAGCCCAAGGCGACCUCCGCCGGCCAUAGUAUUUUGCCGCCGUGUCCCGUGCCCCGCCCCCCACCGUCCGUGCCUGGCCCUUGAGGAUACAAACAGGGGAAACGCGACCACCCACUCUGUUAUGGAGUGCGCGUGUUUUCGUGCGGCGUGCGCGGGUGUGGGCGCAGUGGGAAGUGAGGUAGGAAGCGAAAGGAAGGGGAAUAAGGGGGAAAGUGGGAGGGUACAAUCAGGUGGUACUGCCUUGGAUUAUUACCUUGGAUCGGGUGACAGGAAACGGAACCACCCCCUCGAGGACAGACAGCCGGACGGAGCUUCCUCGCCACGGGCCCGUGUCACCAGACGGGAACCAUCCUGCGGCGGCGGCGGCGGCAAACAAGACAGGACGGGAGGACAGGGGGGGGGGCGUCACACAGCGUGAAGUAAGGGCCCUUUGCAGCUUGUAUGUAGUUAUGUAGUGUACAGUCCCUGGGGUUGCGUUAAACUGGAAAUGUCAAGUGUUCGUGGGGAAAGCAACCGAGAUCGACGCUGCCUUGUCCCGAGAAGCUGGGGCAAUGCGGUACUGGCGAUGAUAAGAUAGCCGGCCACACAGAUGAUGGGGGAGGUAAUUGGGUUUCCGGUGGAUGUGGGUGGGUUGUUCCCGUCAGCGUCCCGAGCAAGCGGUGAGGUCUGGUGACUCGGCCUUGCCGGUGGAAAGCAAAAGCAGCUAGUUAUCAGCCACCAUCACAAAAAGAGAGCUGGAGGAAAAAGAAAGAUGGCAAAGGCAGAGACAUCGGAUCUCAGCGCAGAGCUCAGGACAAAAAG